GGCGUGGCGAUCGAGUGGCAACCGAGAAUAUCGUGGCAAUGGAAGUCUGACGAUGGAGCAAACGCACUAAUAACUACCGGUACGACGUAGCAGGUGAAGCAUCUCACCCGGCGGCCCGGAAAUGGACGACGCCGAGUCGUUACUUGGGCUGCGUUAUCUCCACCUCCCACAUGGCUGAUCGCUUAGCCAUGUCACAUCAUGUCUAAGCACGGCAUCUUCGGGGAUAUAAUAAUGAGCUUAUACUCCACACCCCGGCGAGUUGCACGUUUUGCCAGGUCUCCCCAUCAUUUCGUCCCUUUCCAACAGCCCUAUGCCAGGCGCGUCCAGAUCCCCAGACAUUUUGUUUUGACAGCGUGCCGGUAUACAUCAUGUCAAAACAAUAUCAAACUCGGCAUUGGCAUACGUGGUUUGUCUUGCUGCUCUGGUGUAUCGUUUUCCCUUCCUCCGUCAUCGGCCAGCAAUCUGCCGAAUUGACCCAGUUGAUCGCCUCGGUGCCGGACUGCGCACAACCAUGCCUCGCUCUAAUCUUCCAGAACGGGGACUGUACUCUAGCAGGUCUCCCAGGCUGCUUGUGCUCCAGCGUCCCGAUUCAAGCAAACGUGUCGGCAUGUGUCCAGCUUUCUUGCGCGUUCAAGGACCAAACCACCGUCGCAACGAUAUCGAAACAACUAUGCACCGGGUACCCCAUCGAAUCUCAGAGUCGCGAGGUCAAAACAGCCGCCAUCGCCUGCGCAGCCCUCGCAUUUCCGAUCGUCGCCCUACGAUGCGUUGCGAGGUGGAUGGUGACCAAAAAGCUAUGGCUGGAUGAUUGGACGGCUGUUAUGGCAACUGUUCUUCUCGCCGCCCUCAUUGGCGUGCAAAUAGAAAGCACGAACCUAGGAUUCGGUCGCCAUUAUUGGAAUGUCGAUGUAGUCAAUGGCAAAACUAUCCUGCAGAUGUUUUAUGUCACGCAAAUAUUCUACAUCCUCAUCCAAGUAUCGGCAAAAGGGUCAAUCCUCGCCCUCUACUCACGUCUUUUCUCCAAUCGCAACUUUCGAAUGCAAGUCUGGGCGGUUGCAGUAUUCCUGUUGAGCCAUAGCUUGGUGUUCGUAGGCCUCGUCAUCUUCCAGUGCACGCCUAUCAGCUCAAUCUGGAACCGGAAUUUGGAUGGGAAAUGUCUGAACCUCACUGCAAUUGGCUACGCCGGCGCUGCAUUUAGCAUUGUUGAGGAUAUUGUCCUCCUUAUCAUGCCCAUCCCGGAACUCUUAAAACUGCAGCUUGGGACAAGGAAGAAAGCAGCGCUGCUGUUCAUGUUCAGUAUCGGUUCAUUUGCGUGCGUAACAACUUUAGUACGCCUGAAGUAUCUCGUGAGCUUUGCAAACUCAUUGGACACGACAUUUGACAAUGUCCCCAUCGUUAUAUGGUCCAUCAUCGAACUAUCAUGCGCAUUAAUAUGCGCCAGUCUCCCUGCGUUGAGGCCGCUGAUACACAUGGUGCCGGGCGCCCUGAGCACUGUUCGGAGUUCUUCGUUCAAGAACACAACAGGUCCCGGUCCGACAGACAACACCAUCCAGCUUAACGCCAUUAUGAAGCCGGAACGUCAAAGUACGAAGUUCCAAAAAUUACCAGACCAUCAGACUGGGAAGUUUAAAAAGUUGCCUGACCUGCCACAAAAGGGGUAGUAUUUGGUCUGGAAAGCUGGGGAAAUGCAAAAGAAUAGGUGUUGUAAUGAUAAUAGCAUGAGUAUCAAAUGAAAGAACUUAAUUAAAUAACUUAAAGUA